AUGGACGACGUUGAUUCAGUAUUAGUUGAUAAUGUCAAAUCAUUUGCUGCUGGUGGAUUUGGUGGUAUUUGUGCAGUUUUAACUGGACACCCAUUUGAUUUAGUUAAAGUUAGAUUACAAACUGGUUUAUACAAUUCAUCAAUUCAAUGUGUUAAAGAUACUAUAGCAAAAGAUGGUUUAAAAGGUCUUUAUAGAGGUGUUUUACCACCAUUAUUAGGUGUUACUCCAAUGUUUGCAGUUUCAUUUUGGGGUUAUGAUGUUGGUAAAAAAUUAGUUGGUCAAUUUACUGGUAAAACAAUUGAUCAAUUUACUAUACGUGAUAUUUCAACUGCUGGGUUUAUUUCUGCAAUUCCAACUACUUUAGUUGCUGCUCCAUUUGAAAGAGUUAAAGUUAUGAUGCAAAUUCAAGAAGGUUCCAAACCAAAAGGAAUGGGUUCAGUUAUUGCUGAAAUGUAUAAAACUGGUGGUAUAAGAUCAAUUUUCAAAGGUUCAGUUGCUACAUUGGCAAGAGAUGGUCCAGGUUCUGCAUUAUAUUUUGCAACUUAUGAAUAUAUAAAAGCAAAAUUAUCAACUCCAGGUAAAGAUUUAUCAAUUGGUGCAAUUAUGACUGCUGGUGGUUGUGCUGGUGUUGCUAUGUGGUUAGGUGUUUUCCCAAUUGAUACUAUUAAAUCAACUCAACAAUCUUCAAAUGUUCCUAUAUCAAUUGCUCAAGUCACUAAAAAUAUUUAUGCUAAAGGUGGUAUAAAAGCAUUUUUCCCUGGUGUUGGUCCAGCUUUAUGUAGAUCAUUCCCAGCUAAUGCUGCUACAUUUUUAGGUGUUGAAGUAGCAAGAAAUGCAUUAGAUAAAAUCAUAUAA